GUCCCUCUAAAUUGUUCUGCUCGAUUGUGCGAGAUCAAAGGACAGUUCUGUACAGGAGCGCCGAUGGCGACAUCGUCGGGCAGCUGGCUUCGGGAGCGCGUUGCCAUAGCAACGGAUAAAGCUUCGGCAUAGAAAUAAGUUGCUUUUAAUAAUAUCCAAGUGAUUUUUGGCAAGAUGUACUAGCGAAUGUAUCGUUUUGCGAUUGUAAAAGCGGAAAUCAUGUCUUCGGAGUCGGUGAAGGUGGUGGUGAGGUGCCGUCCCAUGAACGCCAGGGAGCGGGCGCUGGGCUGCAAGACGGUGGUGUCCAUGGAGCCGAAACGCUGUCAGUGCUUCAUCGAGAAGCCGGGAGCCCCCGAGGAGCCCGCGAAGCAGUUCACCUUCGAUGGAACCUACCUGAGUGAACACACCACAGAGCAGCUGUACAACGAGGUGGCCUAUCCGCUGGUCGAGGGAGUGACUGAAGGGUAUAAUGGAACAAUAUUCGCAUAUGGACAGACCGGCAGUGGCAAGUCCUUCACCAUGCAGGGGACAGCAGAGCUACCGGCACAGAGGGGCAUAAUCCCUCGAGCGUUUGAGCACAUAUUUGAGACCAUCCAGUGUUCGGAAAAUACCAAGUUCCUUGUAAGAGCUUCCUACCUUGAAAUAUACAACGAGGAAAUCAGGGACCUCUUGGGGAGUGAUACCAAACAGAAAAUGGAACUUAAGGAGCACCCAGAAAGAGGUGUGUAUGUACACGAUCUGUCCUUGCACACGGUGCACAGCGUUGCGGAGUGUGAACAUGUCAUGGAGAAGGGCUGGAAGAACCGCUCUGUAGGCUACACCCUCAUGAACAAGGAUUCGUCCCGCUCCCACUCCAUCUUCAGCAUCCACAUGGAGAUCUGCAACACUGAUGCAUCUGGUGAGGACCACCUAAGAGCUGGGAAACUCAACCUGGUGGACCUGGCAGGCAGUGAGCGUCAGUCCAAGACAGGUGCAACAGGAGAGCGCCUGCGUGAGGCUACCAAGAUCAAUCUGUCGCUGUCGGCACUGGGCAAUGUCAUCUCGGCACUGGUGGAUGGGCGUUCUCGCCAUGUGCCGUACCGUGAUUCCAAACUGACACGCCUGCUUCAAGACUCGCUGGGUGGGAACACCCGCACACUCAUGGUGGCCUGCCUUUCACCUGCUGACAACAACUACGAGGAGACUCUAAGUACUCUGCGCUAUGCCCACCGUGCCAAAAGCAUUCAGAAUCGGCCACGCAUCAACGAGGACCCCAAAGAUGCCUUGCUAAGGCAGUACCAGGAGGAGAUCAAGCAGUUACGGGCCCUCCUCUCUGGGCAACUGGGGACUACCCCUGCCUCUUCAUUGCUGGGCGACCGGAUGUCGAUGACCCUUGAUGUCCAACCUGGUCCUCAGUCCAACGCUGCCCUGGACUUGCAAGCCGAGAAUGAGAAACUAAGACAAGACUAUGAGGAGAAGCUGGCCAGGCUGCAGGCAGAAUACAGUGCAGAGCAGGAGUCUAAUGCCAAACUCCAGGAGGACAUUGCCAAGCUGCGCACCUCUUAUGAGAUGAAGCUGUGUAACCUGCAGAAGUCUAGACCCAACAAGGCCCUCAGCAAAGGGACUUCCAGUGGGGCAGAGCAGCAUGAAGAAAAGGAUUUUCGGCCUGGAACAGCUGCGCCACAAGAGGUCACAGGUGUGGAGCAGGCUUUGGCCAAAGUAAACCAGCCUCAGUCGGCUAAUAAUAAUGAAAUUGCUAAACCAGCUCCAGAGGGUAAAAUGCUCCAUACUGUCUCCCCGGGUCCACUGGAUCAGAAACAUGCCCUGGAAAGGCUGCAGCAGCUGGAGCAGGAGUUUGUUGGAGGGGAGCAGGCCCGGAACGAGGAGCUGCGGCAGAGGCACAAGCAAAGGAAGACCUUAGCUGACCAGAGGAAGAAGCAGCUCGUCGAGGCUCUGAGUGAGAACAGCGAGGAGAGCGACAGCGUGCUUCUGCACGUGUACAACUCCAUCCAGGAGGAGGUCCAUGCCAAGAGUCACCUGCUGGAGAGCACACAGGGCAAGCUGAAGGCAGCUCGGAUCGAGAUCCGCGAUCUGCAUUCCGAGUUUGAGCUCGAGCGCAACGACUACCUGACCACAAUCCGCAAGCUGGAGCGUGAGACCCAACUGCUGCAGGGCAUCCUGGAGCGCGUGGUCCCCCUGGUCCGCCGUGACUGCAAUUAUAGCAGCAUUGACCAGGUGCGGAGGGAAGCAGUGUGGGAUGAAGACAAUGACACGUGGAGGCUGCCGGAGGUGGUGGUCCAGAAAACAUCCCUCCCCUCAGUGACUCCGCAUCCUACAAAUAGUCAAGGGCAACCUCCAUCUCACAGAAACUCAACCACAGACAAUGGAGAAACAUCUACGGAGGAGGACCGCUACAAAUCAUUUCUGAACCGUAGUGACAGCGAGAACAUUGCCAACAACUACUUCAAGUCCAGGAGGAUUAGCCAGCUUCUCAACACUGACCCCCUGAAGAGUCUGGCUGCCCACAAUUGCCCUCUCAGUAAUGGGUUGCCCCUUAUGACCUCCAGUAGCUCCAAUGUGGAAUCCCUCCUGCCCCGCCCCUUCCGCCUGGAGUCUCUGGGUGUUCCAGGUCCCGACAAUAAGGUCAAGCGCAAGAAGACCCGAACUCACAUUCCUUUCGAUACGAAUUGAGCAGAGGGACUCGCAUGGUACCUGGAGUCACCCUCCUCUCAUCACUGCGUCUGAGACACCCACCUAAUGCAAGUCUGUGCUCCACAGGCCAAAAGCAUUUGCUUUUUGGAGGUUCAGUUCACAAUCCAGCAAGAGGAGUCAUGUGAUGAGUAAGAAACUGUCACACAGUUUCCCUACAAUCUUCUGCAGACUAAGCAGAGGUGGAUCUCGUCUUAUUACAUAGCUCAGUGGAUGGAGUAUAUCAUCAUUCUUCAGCGUUCAAGUAACGGACACCUUCGUAUGCAUCUUCACUCCAGCGCAGUUCCGCCAUGAACUUUUUGUUCAUUGUUUCAGCUUAAAACUGCAGAAGUAGAGUUUAAUAGACAAGGAGAUGGACUGUAGACAUCAAAGAAUGUCGGCAUGAAAAUAAUAGCUCCUUUUCAGAAUGCGAGCUCGUUUAACAUCAAUCUGCUCUUGUUUGACAACGUACCACAUGAAUGGAUGAUCUGUCCUGCUCCUGUCUGUACCAGAUUUCGUCGUUUCUUGUUAGGAUUCUGUCCAUAACACAAACUUUAAACAAUCUUCUGCGCCUGCAGAAACAGUAGACAUCACAUCCAUUUAACGAAACGCGCGACUAGGUUGAGGACAAUUCAGUGUAAAAUCUCACAUGGGGACGUUCAAGUCUUGGGCAGGUAUAAGAAGUUGAAGACCAGUUAUGUUCCCGUUUGGACGGUCGCAUGGGAUCAUUUUAAAUGAGUUUAAAUGAAACUGAACAGGCAGCACUAUGAAAAGAAAUUUAGCAUAAACGUAAAUGAUAGGUUUGCAAACUGUGAAAUACGGUACAAAGUCACAUGGUCAUGUGAAGUUUUCAUGCUCUAGCUGUAACGCAAGUAGCAUUCAUUAGUGGGAAAAUGACAUUCUCAGCAAUGUAUAAAUCUGUUUCCGACAGUCAAAUAGGAUUUGUAGUUAAGCCUCCUUUUUUUCUUUUUCUUCGCAACCUUAUGUUGUCGGCGUUCUCAGAGGAAGCACUUCUCAAAUGUAAUAUUAAUGCUGUAAUUCACAUACCUUAAACUUUUAUGAGUGAAUAAUGGUGUUUCAGAUUACAUACAGAACAACGUACUCCACUUCCUAGGCACUCAUAAGACACAGCUGGUAACAUUUUUAAAAAUUAUUUUUGAGAAUAUAAAACAAUUACAAAACCAUUUAUGGCAUAAAUAUGAACAUCUGACAAAGUAUCAAAUGCGGUACUGCUAGACCACAUUCCCCCUCUGAUGAACAAAUUUAACACGGAAACUCUCAGCCUCAGGUUUCUUUAUAAGCGCCAAUAAAAAUACACCUCUUCUCCCCACAACAGUGCGGAGUUAACCGAGACAAUGCAUUCCAAAACAGAAAUUAAUAAAUAUACGUGUCAAGAUCCCCCCAUUUUAAAUAGUACGUGUGUGUCUGUGUGUCAUUUUUAUUUGAAUCAUGUGCCCUUUCGAGAUUUGGGAGGUUUCUGCUAAAAGGAAACUAAGCUGCAGAAGAGAAGGGUGUAACACCACAGUAACAAACAUCUCGGAGAAAAGCUCGGUUAAAGGGUCUCACCUAAACAGUACCUAUCCCACUAUUUGAAGUGCUACUCAUAGAGGUUGUAGAGACAAACCAGUACAACCAGUACACUGUAUAUGGCACAGUCACAUCAUUUAAGAGCUGAUUGAAAGCAUUUCCCUCUCCAUUCCAACUGUUUUGGUCUUUACCAUACUGCAGCACUGAGUAAUACAGCUACAGUUUCACCACACUAAAACAUCUCCAACUGGAUAUGCAUCCAUGGGAAAGACGUAGGAGUGCGUUUACAUCAGAGCCCAUUAGAGCAAACAUUUCAACCGAUAUUCUUACUCAUCCCCACUGGCAGAGGAAGAGGGGUGGUUGGGGGGAGUAAAUGUCUUCCCCAUCAUGGUAUCUCAUGUUGGAAAACAGGACAUAGACAGCAUCAGGGAGCUACAGGACCCUGAAAAACAGGCAGCAGGAAGACAUUUGUGGACCCUUGAAAAAGCAUUUUAACUGGUAGAAAGCACAGUGGUGCCAAUGGUACACUAGUGAACUGUAAAGAGACUGUUCAUCUGCUGUGAAACACUGGUUUUGCCACCCUAGUAAAUACCACAUGUCAUGUGGACUAGCACCAAUAUCACAGGCAUUCCUUUUUAAACAGC